ACUACGGCACUACCAGCCCAGCUUGUUGAAAAGGAUAGAUAUCUCCUUAGCUUCCUGCCACACCGGCCACUCACUCAUUCGGUACACACGGAAACACCAUAAAGGAAAUGCCUUUUCUUUUCCUUUAUUAUAUAUGAGAGAGAGGAAAAAAAGACAGAGAGAGCUUCAGAGUAUGGGCUGAGAGAAAGGAAAGGAAUCUCUUGUGUAAAUCUUCUAUCAUCAGAAAUGAGAUGGAACUAAGAAAAUUGAUGAAGAUGCCAAAGUUAGUAGUCUCAUUGCUUCGUUCAUAGAUUUAAUAUUUAGGGAGAGGUGUCCCUCUUGGAAGCUCUGGUUCGGUUUUCUUUUACCAAUGAGAUUUAAUAAGGUAAAGUGGUAUUUGUUUGAUACAACGGCUUUCUAGUUUCAAGCAACCCUUAGGAGCACCAACCAUAGGUAUACCUAGCUAUCUCUGUUAAGAGUCCCUGGAGGUUGAAUCCAUCAUGUAGCUGUAUUUCAAGAUGUUCUCAGUGGUCGCUCAUAUAUAAUUCCAAGUUAGUGAAACUAAAGCGUUGGUAAUACUAGCUCUCUUUUAAAAUGGGUCAGAGAGAGAAACUUCAGCAACAAUGGGAAUUCAGGAGGAGAGGUAGCCAGUUUGAUUCUUCGGACAAUGAAGCCGUGUCAAAUUCUAGUGAUGAGCCACUUAUCAAGAAGCAUAGAUUGAUUUCUGAUUGGAUUCCACCCAAAAUCAAUGAAGUAGGCAGUUUUAGUGGAUUUCAGCCAAAGGGAAGAUAUACUUCUGGUACAGCUAUUCAUUUUAAAUCUGAGAAAGCUAAUAAAAUGAGGACUGGGUCUAGCAAGAAAGGAGAUGACCCAGUAUACAGGGAGGCUAAGGGAAGACCCUCCUACGAGGAAGAUGAUUGCAAGAACAACUGUGAUGUGCAAGAUGAUGCCACACUGAAUGAUACUCGCAUCUUAAUGAAGUCCAUAUUGGAGGAGCUGAAGGUUGCCAGAGAGAAUUUGUUUGUAUGGAUGAGAGAAGAGAUGCACAAAGUCAUGGUUGAUGAUGACGAUGCUCCAGUGCCAAAUGCCAGAGCAGGGAAUCAUCAACAGGAGAUGAUCAAGGAGCAAUCUCUGAAAAGCUUUGAGUCAGAAUCAGAUGUCCAGUAUUACAGUGGGAAAGCUUUGAUGGGUUCUGUAAAGCGAAAAAGAACUGUCAAACCUCAUAAAGGACAUCAGGUCCCUGAAGAUCAAGACUUCCACAAAGCCAUUGGAUCUGUUGAUGCAAUCAAGACAAAAAGAGAAAGGUUUACAUCAUCUGCUGAAGGGAUCUUGAUAUUGUCUGGUUCUUCUGAUCAGGAUGGUUACAAGAAUUCGGCUCUAGAACAUGCUAUGCCUGAGACAUGUGUUGAAAAUCAGAGGUUUGAAUCUUCUUCAUGUAACUAUUCUCAACCAAGAGUGAUUGGGGAUAAAAUUGCUACAAAUACUGGAAAUGCUAGUGAAACACCACUCAAUUCAAGCAUGCAGCCUAGAGGUUUAUUGGGAUUCCAGCAAGAAGAUUUUGGACAUUUUGUUCAUAUAGAUUCUCAAGAUUUUGGUUACAUUGACCAAAACAAGUUAAAUCUGGCUUCAAGAUUUGGAGCUGGGUUUCCUAUUCCACUUCAUCAUGAUCUAGAUGGAGCUUUCAAGACAGACGCUCAACCCAUGCAAACUCCAUCUCAUGUUCACAACGACAUAUCAGAUAUGAGCAUGAAUGGAGGAAGUAUGAGAAACCAUGGUGUAUCAGGACUUUGCAUGCAUAACAAUCUUCGCAGUCAUUUGAACUGUGAUGCUGAUGCUGAUGCAUUGACUCAAGGCUAUCUGGUCCCCAGAUCUCAAAGAGAGUUUGGUUAUACAUGAAGUAGAGUGCUAGAAGUCAAUUUCUAGUUAUUGAUCCUACAGGACUUACUCCCUUCUACAAUUAGAUUACAAAAAGAGCUCCUCUUCAUUAUUGUGGCGUAUGGCCAAUUUCAAAGAAGGGAUGGUAAAGAACAAGAACAUUAUUGCAUUGUCUAAUGACAGGAUCAAUAUCUUGGGAUUGGGAGUAGACUCUCAUUUUGUGAAAGGUAUUGGGGAUGAAUGGUUUGAUCUACUUUUCAUGUUAAAUGUCUUUCCCUUCUACUUAUUUUCUCACUCAUGGACUGUAAAGUAUCUUUUGUGAUUCACUGAAACAACCACCUUUUGUAUUCUUUAAGAUUCUUGUUUCUUUAUAGCUUUUGGCCCUCUUCCAUUUACCA